AUGGAGUCAGCUGGGUUUGGCCAAGACAGGACCAGGAGAGGCUGGAUCAUGGAGCAUCUCUGCUCCCUCCUGGCCACAGCACUGCUGGCAACGAACCUGGUGCAGGUUGAGUGCGGGGUGGAGUGGAGAUGGGAGACAGGGACGGGAGAGAGAUACUGGCUUGGGGAAAAGGAAUUGGGUGCUCCAGCAAGUCAGAAUCAGGCAGGCCGUGGCACGCAAUCGCGCAUCUCAGGGCACAUCUUCAAUGGUCAAGCUGCCAAGGGCGGGGCCUGGCCCUGGCAGGUCAGCGUGCAGAAAAAUGGCCAUCACACCAGCGGCGGUUCACUCAUCUCCGAGAGCUGGGUGGUGUCAGCAGCUCAUUGCUUCGCUCACCCUGUAGUCAAUUCAGCCUAUCGAGUGCAGCUGGGUGAAAAACGGAUUUUCAAUCAGACUCACACUCAGAUGUUCUCAUCGGUGAAGCGGAUCAUCCUCCAUCCCAAUUACGACACGAGUUCUUCCCUAGCGGAGACACUGCAGGAGCUGGAGGUGCUCACCGUAGACACCAUGAUCUGCAACGAUCGCUUCCGGAAAGCAUUACAAAAGUCUGCGGGUGACAACUCCAUCAAAGAGGACAUGAUGUGUGCCGGGCACAUGGAAGACUAUAAAGGGACGUCCCCGGGUGACUCCGGGGGACCCCUGGUGUUCAAACAGGAUGGGACCUGGUACAUUGCUGGGAUUGUGAGCUGGACACUGACAGGAAAAGUGAACAAGGUACACAGUAUUCUCCCUGGUUACCCUGGGGUCUACAACCGCCCGAACGCCCACAAUGACUGGAUCCAAGAGAACGUGCCUGGUGUGACUUUCAAAGUGAUGAACUUCCCUUCCAAGAGUGCCCAUCCCUCUUCCAUCAUCUUUAGGGUCCUUCUCCUCACUGUGCUUCUGCAGCUGACCCUCUGACCACCCCACCAGACUGGGUCCUCAUCUCACACCUACCUUUCCUCACUGUUGGUGCAGAUAGACUGUGUCACCUGUGACACUAGACACCGGGUAUUCACACCCUACAUAAUAUUGUAACAACA